UCGCACUAGAAUAAGAUCACGACAUCGGUUACAAAUCUGUCAUCCUCAAGGUGUAAUACAAAUUGUGCAAUAACUUAUCUUAUUAUUAGAAAUAUAUGUUAGCCGUCUCGUCAUCCAGACGGAAUUGAAGUACAGAAGACUGUUUGCAGCUGAACAAGAUGUCAGGAAAAGAGAGGAUCGACGUAUUCCCCUCUAGAAUGGCUCAGACCAUCAUGAAGGCCCGUCUGAAGGGGGCCCAGACUGGCAGGAACCUGCUGAAGAAGAAGGCUGAUGCUCUCUCCAUGCGCUUCCGUCAGAUCCUCCGCAAGAUCAUUGAGACGAAGACCUUGAUGGGGGAAGUGAUGAGGGAGGCGGCCUUCUCUUUAGCUGAGGCGAAAUUCGCUGCUGGCGACUUCAGCACCACUGUCAUCCAGAAUGUUAACAAGGCCAAGGUGAAGGUUCGUGCAAAGAAGGACAACGUGGCAGGUGUCACUUUACCUGUGUUUGAGCUCUACCAAGAAGGAGGGGACAGUUAUGAGCUGACUGGUCUGGCCAGGGGAGGAGAGCAGCUCUCCAGGCUGAAGAGGAACUAUGCUAAAGCAGUGGAGCUGCUAGUGGAGUUGGCCUCCUUACAGACUUCCUUUGUCACACUGGAUCAAGCCAUCAAGAUCACCAACCGCCGUGUGAAUGCCAUCGAGCAUGUAAUCAUCCCCCGCAUUGAGCGUACCCUCAGCUACAUCAUCACAGAGCUGGAUGAGAGGGAACGAGAGGAGUUCUACAGGCUGAAGAAGAUCCAGGAGAAGAAGAAACAGAUGAGGGAGAGGACUGAGAAGGAGAUCGCCGCCCGUCUGGCCAAGCUGGGCCCCAUCACUGAGCCGUCCAACAUGCUGAUGGAGGAAACCGACGAGGACCUGCUGUUUGAGUGACAUGCUGUCAUUCCCGUUACCGUCAUCCUAUUUAUUGAUGUUGUCUUGUUCCCCCCCCAAAAAAAAAUUGUUUAGUUUUUUUUGUGUACACCGGUGAUGUUUUAUGUCGUUUUCAGUAUUGGGGAUGUGUCCCAGAUGUAUCCCUGUAUAGAACUGAGUGGUUUAAACUUUUAAAGUCAGAACUUUGCUGCUAACCGCAAUCACAUCAGUUCACUAGUGUGUUGACAUUGUUGAAUCGGACAGUUAUCUUUUGAAUACUUAAAGAAGCAAAUAUAUAUAUAUUAGUAAAGUGUCAUGGUUUACUUAUGUGAACUGUAUUGAACAUUCCAUCUGAUUGGGUGAGGACAUAGAUGUAAAGUUUACGGUUUCACCAGAACACUCAAGUCAAUGCAUGCCGUCAUUCUGUACAUUUAUAACAGGGUGGUCCUUUUCCUCCGAAGUGUGAGUGUUGUGGAGGCUAGUCCCUUCCAUGUCAGUGGGCGUGUAUUGAACAUAGAACUACAUUCUAUUUCUAUGGCAUUGACCGAGGAUGGCUAACAUGUAGGUACCUGACCCCCUGUAACCAGCUGGUGUACAACCCCACCUGUGUCAACACUUCAUCCAAAUAAAGAACUAAAUAUUC